GUCUGGAAACUUUUGUUCAUCUUUGACGGCCUGGAUGAAAGCAGACUUUCACUGGACUUCAACAACAGUGAAGUUGUGUCUGAUGUCACACAGAAGGCAUCAGUCAACGUGCUGCUGACAAACCUCAUCAAGGGGAACCUGCUUCCCUCGGCUCUGGUCAGGAUCAGUUCCAGACCUGCAGCAGCCAAUCAGAUCCCUCCUACAUGUGUUGACAGGGUAACAGAAGUACGAGGCUUCACUGACCCCCAGAAGGAGGAGUACUUCAGGAAGAGGUUCAGUGAUGAAGAGCUGUCCAGCAGAAUCAUCUCCCACAUCAAGACGUCCAGGAGCCUCCACAUCCUGUGUGGAGUCCCAGUCUUCUGCUGGAUCACUGCUACAGUUCUGGAGCACAUGUUGACUACAGAGCAGAGAGGAGAGCUGCCCAAGACCCUGACUGACAUGUACUCACACUUUGUGACGGUUCAGACAAAGAGGAAGAAGAACAAGUACCAUGAGGGACAUGAGACAAGUCAACAGGAGCUGAUGGAGGCUGACAGGGAAGUUCUUCUGAAGCUGGGGAGGCUGGCAUUUGAACAUCUGGAGGAAGGAAACAUCAUGUUCUACCAAGAAGACCUGGAGCGCUGUGGUCUGGAUGUGACAGAGGCCUCAGUGUACUCAGGAGUUUGCACAGAGAUCUUCAAAAGAGAGAGUGUGAUCUUCCAGAAAUCAGUCUACUGCUUUAUUCAUCUGAGUGUUCAGGAGUUUCUGGCUGCAGUCUACAUGUUCCACUGUUACACCAACAGGAAGACAGAGGUUCUGAAGAACUUCCUGGGGAGAUACCACUGGGUCUUCACAAAGUCUCUGGAUGACUUCCUGUAUGGAGCCAUGAAGAAAUCCCUGGAGAGUAAAAAUGGUCACCUGGACCUGUUUGUUCGCUUCCUUCAUGGCCUCUCUCUGGAGUCCAACCAGAGACUCUUAGGAGGUCUGCUGGGUCAGACAGAGAACCGUCCAGAAAUCAUCCAGAAAGUCAUCAAUAAGCUGAAGAAGAUGAGGAACAGAAAAAUGUCUCCUGACAGAAGCAUCAACAUCUUCCACUGUCUGAUGGAGAUGAACGACCUCUCAGUUCAUCAGGAGAUCCAAGAGUUCCUGAAGUCAAAGAACAGAUCAAAGAAGGAACUCUCUGAGAUCCACUGCUCAGCUCUGGCCUACAUGCUGCAGAUGUCAGAGGAGGUUCUGGAUGAGUUGGACCUGAAGAAGUACAACACAUCAGAUCAGGGACGACGGAGACUGAUCCCAGCUGUGAGGAACUGCAGAAAGGCUCAAUUUAGUGGACGUGGACUCUCAGAAACUCAAUGUGAAGUUGUGUCCUCAGCUCUGAAGUCCAACCCUUCCUAUCUGACAGAGCUGGACAUGAGUGAUAAUGACCUGAACAAUUCAAGAGUGAAGCAUCUGUGUGCUGGACUGGAGAGUCCAAACUGUAGACUGGAGACUCUGAGAUUGGAGAGCUGCAGUUUGUCAGAGAUCAGCUGUGAUUAUCUGGUCUCAGCUCUGAAGUCCAACCCCUCCCAUCUGAAACAUCUGGAUCUGAGUGACAACAGUCUGAAGAAUUCAGGAGUGAAGCAGCUGUGUGGUUUUCUGGAGAGUCCAGACUGUAGACUGGAGACUCUGAGUUUGAAGCGCUGCUGGUUGUCAGAGAUCAGCUGUGAUUCUCUUGUCUCAGCUCGAUUCAGAUGGGAAACAGAUUCAUGA